CUUAAACUCCUCUCCGGCAGCUAACAGGAGCUGUAAUCAAAACUAGCAGAACCUCUCACUAAUAUUUUCUCACAGUUGCUUCAGAGCACAUUUCAAGCUUUACUAGGCUCAUCCUGCUGUUGGUUUUUGGUAUCCACUGUAAGAACUUUUUCUUCUGCACACUUGGCAUUGUGCUCUGGUGCGUGUCUAUGUGUGUUUGGAUUUCUUUUUAGAUUCUUUUGGACCUGUUACAGUUUCCACGGCACAAGCAACACUGGAGCUUUCUGUGUGAUUGAUUACUUUAAAUUGUAAGUGAGAGUUUCAAUUGUUUGGGAGUAGCUGGAAUGGCUACUUUCCCAGGAACAGUUCCUCGAAUGAUGCGGCCAGCACCAGGCCAGAAUUACCCACGAACCGGAUUCCCAUUAGAAGUCUCGACGCCUCUGGGUCAAGGUCGAGUGAACCAGCUCGGUGGAGUUUUCAUCAACGGAAGGCCUCUGCCAAAUCAUAUUCGACACAAAAUAGUGGAAAUGGCCCAUCACGGCAUUCGACCGUGUGUGAUCUCCAGACAGCUGCGGGUCUCACACGGCUGCGUGUCCAAAAUCCUCUGUCGGUAUCAGGAGACCGGUUCCAUUCGUCCGGGGGCGAUCGGUGGAAGUAAACCGAGGCAAGUAGCAACACCCGAUGUUGAAAAGAGAAUCGAGGAAUACAAACGCGAGAAUCCAGGGAUGUUCAGCUGGGAAAUCCGGGAUAAGUUGCUGAAGGACGGGGUGUGUGACAGAGGCACUGCUCCUUCAGGUGAGGCCUCUUCCGUUAGCUCCAUUAGUCGGGUUUUGAGAACUCGUUUUGGCAAGAAAGAUGACGAUGACGAGUGUGAUAAAAAAGAUGAAGACGGAGAAAAGAAAACCAAGCACAGCAUCGAUGGGAUUCUCGGGGAUAAAGGUAACCGUACGGACGAUGGUUCGGAUGUGGAGUCAGAGCCCGACCUGCCCCUGAAAAGGAAACAGAGACGCAGCCGCACCACCUUCACGGCGGAGCAGCUGGAGGAGCUCGAGAAGGCCUUCGAGAGGACACACUACCCCGACAUCUACACUAGAGAGGAGCUCGCACAGAGGACCAAACUGACCGAGGCUCGUGUACAGGUCUGGUUCAGCAACCGAAGAGCAAGGUGGCGCAAACAAGCGGGAGCAAAUCAGUUGGCAGCAUUCAACCACUUGUUGCCUGGAGGCUUUCCACCAACCGGCAUGCCAACCUUACCCACCUAUCAGCUUCCAGAGUCACCGUAUCCCACCACCACUCUCUCGCAAGAUGGUAGCAGUACUUUGCACCGGCCGCAGCCUCUGCCGCCCUCCUCCAUGCACCAGGGCGGGCUCUCGGCUGACAGUAGCUCUGCCUACGGCCUCUCAUCCAACCGCCACACCUUCUCCAGCUAUUCAGAAACUUUUAUGAGCCCGUCAGCUUCAAGCAACCACAUGAAUCCGGUGAGCAACGGCCUUUCACCACAGGUGAUGAGUAUUUUGAGUAACCCCAGUGCCGUCUCGUCCCAGACUCAGCAUGAUUUCUCCAUCUCUCCUCUCCACGGCAGUCUGGAUGUGUCUAACCCCAUCUCAGCGAGCUGCAGCCAGCGUUCAGACCCCAUUAAAGGUGUGGACAGUCUGGCCUCCUCUCAGUCCUACUGUCCCCCCACAUACAGCGCCACCAGCUACAGCAUGGACCCCGUCACUGCUGGAUACCAGUACAGCCAGUACGGCCAGACUGCUGUGGACUAUCUGGCCAAGAACGUGAGUCUGUCGACUCAGAGAAGGAUGAAGCUGGGCGAUCAUUCGGCGGUGCUGGGACUUCUGCAGGUGGAGACGGGACAGGCUUACUGAGUUUGACUACUACAAACACCCCUUCACACGCUCUGAGAUGCACAACCAGCUGGAGCUCUUUGCUGCAUCUUCUCUGAUUUUCAAGAAACUCUUGCCAUUCCAUCUGACGUGACCUUCUCAUGAUUUUGAGCUCUCACGUGGACAAGAGGACCAUGAAAUAGAUACAGGCACAUCGUCGGAUGCCCCGUACUGCAAAAAUGCAUUCCGAGCCAUUUCCAAAAUGUCCUUUCACCCCACUGUGCAUAAUCUUGUAUGAAUCUCAGUGUAAUUAUAACGGAUUGUUUUCUAUCGAUAUUGUUAUUACCAUUGCCCUUACAGUUGUUGUAAUUCUGAUUAUCGUAACUAUUGUUUCGUUUCGUUGUUUCAAGAUCCACACGUAGCAUUUUUUAUAAAUUCAAACCCGAGGUUUUUUACGUGAAACGCUAGCAGUGAGCUAAAAAGGUGGAUUGAGUGUGUGUGUUGAAAGUGGGACUGCUGGUUUUUCACUUUCAAGCCGUAACGUUCCUGAGCGAUUUGACCUUCUCUACCUUCAUAUUUCACUUGAUAUUACAUGCAAACUCGGCCAAUCUGUGGAAAGUCUGGCUUUCUGCUGGGAAUUAGUGUUUUUAGAGGACCAGUGAUUUCUCCUUCACUCAGAUGCCUGUUUUUCCUCAGCGAUCUUCUGGGGGAUAGAAAACGGCAUUGUUUUCGAUAGAGGAUUUAGAAAGUAAUUUUCUAGAGAGAAGCAACACUUCGCCCUCAAACUAGAAGACAAAAAAAUUAAAGUUUCAAACAUUCAUUUUAUAUGUUAUUGAGUUAGGAAAUGCAAACAUUUUUACCAUUCCAUAUAGAUAAUACAGUUUACUUGUAUGAACUAAGUAAAAUGUUAAAAAGUGCACGUGAAUUUUAGACCAAGUACAAAAGUGUUUAAAAGUUUGGGGUCAGUAUGAUUUUUUUUUAUAUUUCUGAAAACGUAUUUUUAAUCAAAACUGCAAUAAAAAGCAGUUAAUAUUAUUAUAAUUAAAAAACUUUUUUUUUUAAAGGUUUAAUUUAUUCCCAUGAUGCAAAGCUGAAUUUUCAGCAUCAUUCCUCCAGUCUUCAGUGUCACAUGAUCCUUCAGAAAUCAUUCUGAUAUGCUCAAGAAAUAUUUUCGAUUAUCAUCCAUGUUUAAAAUGCUUGUCGUGCUGCUUAAUACUUUUGAGGAAACCAUGAAACAAUUUUUUCAGGAUUCUUUGAUGAAAAGAAAGUUCAAAAGAACAGCAUUUAUUUAAUAUUAUAAAUGUCUUUACUUCAUGUCAAUUUAUUGCAUUUUUGCUAAAUAAAAAAUCUGACUGACCCUAUACUUUUUACAUUUUGACAACAUUCCAUACGUUUAUGCCUAUGACCAGAUUACAGAGGUGACCAGUCAAAUAAUCCAUCUCUGCCUCUUUCUUACUUUCUCUCUGGUUUUCAUUUUCUUUCAUUUUCAAAAACACAUGCCAGGGCUCAUGUAUUUAACAUCUUGUGCAUUCACAAGUUUGUACAAAAAAAUAAAAUAAAUACCUUGUGAAAUUGCAACAUUUGUGUAGCACUCCCAGGUCACAUUUUGACACAUAGAUGGAACUGUACAGUAGAUGAAGCAGAUUGUUUAUUGUUUGUUUAUUAAGAAUAUGUUUUAUACUAAAACAGCAGAGGUGUUGUGUGGUAGAUUAAGCAGGGGAUAUGUAUAAGUCUUAUAUUGUAAUUUUGUGUUUAUAUUUACUGCUUUUGUUUCUUGCUUUCACUAGUUAUUAUGUAUCAUUUUUCUUAGGAUUCAAUGUGAGAAGCUCUCGGUGAAAGACAGCCACGCUUAAAACUGAAUGAAAGGUGAAUCAUACUGCUUAUGAAUCCUAGCUUUAGAUUUGCUCUGCUUAAGAAAGAUUACAUUCGUGGAUCCGUAAUAAAGAUCAAAGUGACUGAUGGCUCAUUUAACGGACUGUGGGAAACACAGCAGUGUUUGGUGCUAUAACGGACUGCUUCGGACUCAAUAGAUUCCUCAACGAAUCUUCGAGUGAACGUUUCACUGGAUGCAUUUAAGGCAAAACGGACUGUAAAACAAAACACUUGACCCAAACCCGGUCCUCUUCCCUUUCAACUGUCGAUAUCUUCAUCGAAUGAGCAAUGAAAACACUUCUAGUAGCCUAUAGAUCAUCCAUGGCUAACACCUUUGUUAAUCAACAUUUGGAUAUUAAAAAUAUUCCCCUCCGGGACGUCAAACUGGGCACCUGCUUUCGUUAGCAUUUGUGUUUAUGCUUUCCUCCCAUUUCCUUUCAGCAUGUGUGUAUGUUACCAUGGUAUAAUUUAUUCUGUUGUAUGAAGUAGUAGCUUUAGUGGGAACCUUGUAUUUGGUAUUUACUACCUUCAGCCUGUUGGUGUCUUUACUGUAACACUGGCGUAAAUGUUAUCAAUUAAAGAUCUAAAACUGA